AUGCCAGCGCGAUUGUGGAGAUAUGGCAUCCAUUCGCUGUUGCAGCUGCUGCGACAAAAGCUCCCCAUAUCCUGGGAUUACAUGCUGGAUUUCAUUCUCAACGCAUACACGAUGCUGACGAUAUUACUUGAAAACGUCAUCGCAUUCCGCGAGACCUGGCUCGAGUGUCUUGGAGAUUUAGCACGAUAUCGUAUGGCCGUGGAAGAGUCCGGAGACCGGACACUCUGGGCCGAUAUUUCAAGAUAUUGGUACAACAAACUCGCUGAGUUCAGCCCUGAAGUUGGCCGUGUUCACUUUCAUCUGGGAAUAUUAGCUCGUCCGGACGAGCUUCUGCAGCUUUUCUAUUACACCAAGGCACUGGUGAGCAUUUGUCCCUUUCCCAACACGCGGGAGAGCAUGGAGAUUCUUUUCAGGGCGAAUGAAGGACAGGUUUUGACUCAACGUACAAUGGCCAGCGCAUUCAUUGCUACUCACGGUGCGUUGUUCAACAAACGGCCCGCGGAUCAAUUUACUACCUUGGCAAAUAACUUUCUUGUGCUCUUGCGAGGAGAAGCUCGCUCCCUGGGUCGCCAGGAGGUAUACAUUAUGCUGUGCAAUUUCGCGGCCAUGUUUCAAUACGGUGACAAGAGCGCCUUAUUUGUGAUGGAGUUUAUUAAGAGGAAAUCAGCAGCGGAUGCUGAUGAGCUUGCACUCAACUCCACAGCAGACUUGGACUUAGAGCUCAAGAUCAAGAAGCCUAGCGACCCUAGUCUUGAUCUCUCUCCAAUAGCCUCCCAUGGCAGUUCUCUCACCUUCCACACCCUCUCUGUCCUGCUCGACCAUCUAGGAGAUCCUAGUAUAUACCCAAGUGUGCAUGUCUCGUUGGCAUUCAUCUGGACCCUGGCUUUACGUCCACCUGCGAUGCAGAAAGUUGACAAAUUCAUCCACUGGGCCAACAUCGUGAGGUUUCUCAACAACCUCAUUGACUCCGACAUUCCCUUCCACAAGAUCGAAGACGACGCCUUCCCAUCGGACGACGGGACCACUCGCCAACUACCGGAGGACUUUCUCAUUCGCGGUUAA